AUGUCUGCCGAAACUCCAAUUCUACCUUCCUCAUUCCUCGAUGCUUCCCUCUUCCUCCCCUCAACCGCAAUUCGCCUCCGAUGGUACAUGUGCGUGAUUGUCACGCUUUCCUCACUCAACUACCCCGAUGUAAUCCCUCAAGUCUACGCCCACCUUGACAGUAAUGUGCUUGAUUUAAUGUCACACGAUGACCGCUUCACCGCUGUUCGUCAAGUCCGCGAGGGGCUCAUCAAAUCAACCGGGAUAGUCGGUGCUUGUAGAACGGGGAAUGCAAUGCGCACAUUAUCCCUCUGCAUACCGGAAGAUUUGCGAGAGAAGGAAUCACCGAGAUCAAAGGAGUCGGAUGAGAUGGCACGGAAAAGAGGAAAGGAAUUCUGGAGCAAUAUUUAUGCUAGAAACCCUGCAUUUGACCCGGAGGCUUCAGUGCGGGCCAGUCCUGAUUAUGCAUUUAUUGUCCGAGAGGUGCUUUAUGCAAGGAUCUUCUCGUUUGAUGGUAUACUUGAUUCUUUGACAACGGGUUAUGCUAUUGUUUCCGGUUUGUAUGGUAUGGAUUGCCAAAAUCAGCUGCAGCAUCAUAUGAAGGGGAUGCUGUUUAAUGGUGCAACAAGGAAAGAUCUCGAGGAUCUUCAGGAGCUAUGUCUUGGAUUGGCGAAUAUUCUCGGCGUCAAAUUUAGAUUCGGUCCUGCUCCGAUACCUACGAUUCCAGAGGAAUAA